UCUCCACAGCAUUCCUCCUGCUGGUCUGCUGUCAGUCUGAGAGCUGUUCAGUCUCAGCACAGGGAGUGAGGGGGCUGGAUGUCUAUGGGAGCUGUUGCUGCUACACUGCUGACAGCACUGCUGGCCCUGCAUUGGGCACUGGCUCCAGGCUUUGCAGAUGAUGGCUGCAGUGGAUUCAGGCAUCUGGAGAAUGGUCGCACGUUUUUUCGCUAUGGGGGGCUGUAUGUUACCUUCAGCUGUAACCCAGGCUUCAGGAUUCACGGCUACCGCACCAGCAGCUGUGUGUCUGGGCAGUGGGCCAGAGAACCCCCCCUUUGUGUCGCUCCAGGAUGCCCCAGCCCUGGUGAGAUCCUGCACGGGAACAGGGAGGUUUCACCAGAUUCCUCAGUGGUCCGUUUUACAUGUGACAGUGGCUUCAGGCUCUUCGGCUCUGCUCUGCUGUACUGCAAGGGCAAGAGUUGGAAUGGCACCAUGCCUGUGUGUAAAGAGUCAGACAUCAUGAGCUCUUUUCAUUUGAAGCAGACUUCUAUCUACAAACCCAGUGUGGAACUGAACCCGAACUCUCUGUCCAGUCUGAAGAACCGUUUCAACACAAUCGCUCACACAGCCUCCAAAGAAGCAUUUCUAAAACCUUCCUUUCUUGAAGUUCCUCAGCCCAAACCCUUCCUAAGUGGAGAUGUGUUGAAGGUUUCUCAGAAACCUUCAGAGAAGAAGCUUGAGAAGAAACUUUGCUCUGACAAAGCUACAACACAAGCAAAGGGAGGAACAGGGGGACUUACUAAGAUGAUCACUAGGCUGAUCAACCAGGUGGAUCCUGUUACUCAAACACCACCUGAAGCUACGUUGCUGGAUACUACAGUCUCAACAGUCCCAACGAACGGUCUAACCUCUGCUCCCUUGUUAUCAAGACCUACAGAGUCAGCCAAUUUACCAAAAUUUACUCCAGCAGGGAACCUGGAUCAGAUGCUUUCUCCAUCAACCAUAAAUUACGAAGAUAAGAAAAAUCAUGACUUCACAUCAGCAGCUCAAAGCGAAUACAACAAUCCAGUCACAUCAUUUCCAGGAGAAGAUGAUCUCUUGGCUGCAGAAGCUCCUAAUUUACAGUCAACACAAUCCAAAGUCAAUACAAGCAGUCCUGACAAACAUUCUCUGGUUGGGAUUACAACUACAAGCUUUCCAGAAGUGAAGGAUAGUAAAAUAUCAUCUGUUUAUAGCACCAGCAACCCAACACAACCUUCUCUUCAAGAAGAUUCUACCACCUCCCAUGAUACUCUUACUGAUCCUGUGAAUAGAAGCAGUGUUCUCUCUCCAACCAGCUUUUCAGACCUUCCACAAUAUACAAACAAUCCCCAUUCCUUAAUAACCAGCUUUUCAGACCAUCCAGUAUCUAAAAAUCAGCCCCUUACCUUAAUAACCAGCUUUCCAGACCUCCCAGAAUCUACAAAUCAGCCCCUUUCCUUAAUAACCUCUUUAAAACCCUUCCUGGUCACCUCCUCCCUAUUUAUCCCUGCUGUGGUCCAUGAUGGAGAACUUCCUCUCCAUGAAAGUUUAACAACAAGGUCUGAUGAAGAUUUACUCCCCAGGACGGAAGUGUCGACAGCAUCCACCCUGCAGACCCCUGCCCAGCAUCUGACAGAGUCUCCAGAUGUUCCUACCAAAGAUCCUUAUCUACAACAUGUCCAACAUUCACCAGAGAGCAGCACACACAUGGAGCUGACCAGUGGGGAUGAGGAUUCCGCAGGAUCUAUAGACGUUUAUAAAAUGGUGCUCAGUCACAAAGAUGGAGAAUUAAAUGAUGUAUCAAGAUCUGUAAACAUCCAAACUCUUCUGAGUCCAUUGACUCUAAAACACAAGACCCCAGUGACCAACAGUCAUGGUCAGGAAAUUAACCUUGCAACAAGCAAUCCCAGUGUGGUGGUUAGUGAAACGCUAGACUCGGCAGAUAUGCACAAUCCUACUACGGACACACCAGACAUCCCAGGACUCCUAACCAGAAAACGCCGCCCAGUGUGUCCAUACCCUCCUCUGCCUGUUCAUGGGACGUUCUAUUUCCGUACGAUAGCGAACCCUUCCCCAUUCCAGUAUAAGCAUUAUGUCCAGUAUGCCUGUUAUUCUGGUUAUACACUGGCCAACGGUGAUGUUUACAGCUAUUGUCUACAGGACAGGCAGUGGAGUGGAGUUACACCCAUGUGCAUAGAGGAAACUCCAUGCUCCUCUAAUAACGGCGGCUGCUCUCAGGUGUGUCAGGUGAAUGAUCAGAAUCGAGCUGAGUGUCACUGCAAACCUGGCUUUCUGCUGCUGGAGGACCAGCUCACCUGUCGAGAUCUGGAUGAGUGUGUGGAAGGCCUGCACCAGUGCCAGCAGGUCUGUGAAAACACCUUUGGCUCAUACAGGUGCAGCUGCAGCGCUGGCUUCCAACUCUCUGCAGACAGGAUGUCCUGCACCGAUGUGGAUGAGUGUGUGCAGCUUACUGGCAGAGCUCGCUGUCUGUUUGGCUGUAUUAACACACCAGGCAGCUUCCAUUGUCACUGUCCUGCUGGAUACAGCAUGAACAUCACAGACGACAGACACUGUACCGAUCUAGAUGAAUGCUUGGAGAAUGGAGGUCGUGGACCGUGUGAGAGUUCAUGUGUAAACAGCCCAGGCUCUUUUCACUGCAUCUGUCCACACGGGUAUCAGGUAGCUGGGGAUGGCAGGGCCUGCGUUUCCGAGUGUCCAGCAGGAUAUCGCAAACGGCGCUCUGCUUCAGGAGCAGAGAGCUCCAGCACAGAGCCCUGCACCGAUAUUAACGAGUGUGAGGAGAUGGCGCAGCAGCAGAUCCAGCAGCAGAGGUGUGAGUGGAAGUGUGUUAACCUGCCAGGGACAUACCGCUGCGUUUGCCCCCGGGGAUAUAAGCAGCAUGCUGAUGGACACCACUGCAAGGAUCUAAACGAGUGUGCGUUGAAGAACGGCGGCUGCUCGCACACCUGCCUGAACCUCAGAGGUAGCUUCAAAUGUGCUUGUCCAGAGAAUUACCGUAUCUCUCCAUACAACAGAAGAAAAUGCCAGCCAGUCCACAGUUCACAAAGGACGGUCUCGUAAUGCACAACAACAUUUUUCUGCUCUUAAUUUAUUUACUCAUCAAUAUUGUAAUAAACAGCCUGUAAUCAUUGUUUUAUUUGUAUAUAAAUAUAAGAACAGUAGAAA